AUGCUAGAGCUUGCGGACGCCGUUCCUGUUCAACCCCAACCGGUAGCGCCCCCUCCGCCAGAGGUGCAGGUCCAACCGCCCUCGAUAGUAGAAACAACCCAUUUCAACCCAUCCUGGGGCUAUGAUCUGAAUCUCCUCUCCCAUGCGGCCAGCCAUGUUGCCCUGGAAGGUCAGCAGGAGAGCCUGGAGUCGAUGCGGAAGUCCUCCCAGAACGUAGGCCCUCAGUCGCUGUCCAAUGUCCCAGAGAGAGGAAUCACCGAUAGCUAUGGGGUUGAGCCUUCGAUUUUGGACCUUACCGACCUAGGAGAUCCCGUCCAAGACUUUUCCGUCUUUCUGGAAAGCGUCGGCCUUUCGUCAGACUGGGAUUCUGGCGUGUUUUCAACCGUCGAAGACCCCAUGUUACCUAAUAUCCCGAUGGAUUCGAAACCACAGAUCCGUGAAAACACGAGACUGGGGCCCGAUAUCAUGAAUGAUCCACGAGGCACCGUUGACGAGCCCCCGUCGUUCUCCAAUUUCGGUUCGCGGCUACCAUCCCUACAACCGGAGCCUCACGACGUGGACGAACGCCUCGGGUUUGUUGAUGACGGCCCGCGACCUGCUUGGGACAUAACGAACACAGAUCGUCAAGUGUUCAUGUCGAAGCUUGAGGAGUUUGCUCCUAUUCUCCCGAAGGGGUUCGUGCCGCCCUCGAGGCAUGCUCUGUCUCGCUUCUUCGCGGGUUACAUCAAUGGAUUAAACGAACACCUCCCCUUUAUCCACGUCCCAACGCUCUCGGUUGCCAAAUGCUCCCCUGAGCUUACCCUUGCCUUGGCAGCUGCAGGUUCUCAUUAUCGUUUUGAGAAUAGUCGUGGUAUUGACCUUUUUCAUGCGGCGAAAGCCAUCCUUCUCCAGCGCCUCCAGAGAAGGGAUAGCAAACAGGUGCAGUAUCCGACUUGGAAUCUUAUUUCUCCGCCAUCGGGCUUUCAUGACUCUCGGGGAUCGUCCAUCACUUCCAACCAUGCCGUUAGUAGUCCGUUUCAACAGCACCAUCCCAUCUCGUAUCCGACUGAUCCCUCGGGGUUUGCUCCCCAAGACUCCGAGGCCCACAUGGAAGUGAUCCGGACCUUCCUGCUGCUGACGGUGUUUGCUUCAUGGGAGAGGCAUCCCGAAUUGCUGCGAGAGAUUCUCUCGCUUCAAAGCACCUUGGCGAGACUUGUCCGGGAACAUGGCCUCUCCGAGCCACCUCCUAGCCCCGAUCCGAACAACUGGGAAGAAUGGGUACGGAGAGAAGGCAACAGGCGCACCAAGCUCAUCGUUUACUGCUUCUUCAACCUCCACUCUAUUAUGUACAACAUUCCUCCGCUGAUUCUCAAUGCAGAGCUGAGACUGAACAUGCCGUGCUCACACGAUGUCUGGAAAGCGAGCAAUGCGACUCAAUGGCGCCGGAUCAUUCGCAGCCGCCAGGGGACGGAUAUUCCUUUCCAGGAAGCGUUUACUAGGCUGUUUCUUAAAUCCAGUAUGCCCAACUCUUCGGCACCCAUUUCUCCCCUAGGGAAUUAUAUUCUUAUACACGCCCUUAUACAACAAAUUUUUUUUGCACGCCAGCUCUGUCUCUCUGCACCAAACAUUCAAGGCACCAGCUUAAGACAGGAGGACUUGUCGGCAUUGGACGGCUCUUUGAGUGCUUGGAAGGCCCUGUGGAAACGCACGCCCGAGUCUAGCAUUGACCCUCAAAAUCCCGCCGGUCCAAUUGCGUUCACGUCCACUGCUCUUCUUGGCCUUGCCUAUAUCAGAUUACACGUUGAUUUGGGACCCUGCCGGUGUCUAAUUACCCAGGAUCCAAUUCAGAUUGCAAGAGCUUUGAGCGAAUCACCUCCCGUCGCACGGAGCCCUCGUCUGAUAAUGGCUUUAUUGCAUUCCGCACAUGCACUUUCAAUUCCAGUUCGUCUCGGGAUUGACUUUGUUGCAAGAACCCACUCGUUCUUUUGGAGUAUUCAGCACUCGCUCUGUAGCCUAGAAUGCGCCUUCCUCCUGAGCCGUUGGCUUCUGUCUAUCCCGAUGACGCAAUCCGAACAGAGACUAUCAGAGCAUGAAAGGAAGUUACUCUUGUGGAUAAAAAGCAUGAUGGAUGAAACCGACAUGGCUGUCGAUCCCCCCGGUGCACCUGAUGCCGAUUUCAUGAACAACCCCUAUAAAUUAAAGCAGCUUAGCGUUGCUAUUGUCCGUGUGUGGGCGAGAACUUUCAAGGGGAAUACAAGCUGGGCGAUAGUCGAUCUUGUCGGAUUAAGCCUAGAUGCUUAUGCAGAACUUUUAGAGACUCAACUAUAA